AUGUCUGGGAUCAGCGGGUCUGUUGUGUCCGCGGGAGGCUCUGUCAUUGGAUGGUGUCGAUUUGCCGUGACGUCAAGCGUGUAAACGCUGAAGAACCCGUAUGUACUCGAAGCUCUCUGUCCGGUACACGGUGAAAACAUGUCGGGAAGGAGAGGGCUCAGCGGAGGAACUGCGUUUAUGAAAGGCACAGCCGAGACCUAAACAGCACGGUGAACAGCCGGGACGGACGGUGGCGUUUUAUGAGAGGUUAGAGCAACUGCCUGGGUCUGCGUUGCUAUUUCACAGAAGCGAGCCAGUCGGUAUCGAAUGGACGGAUAGAGACAGAGAACCGGGGCUUGACACGAAGAAGUAGCCUAACAGGCAGGCGGCCGAGCCGGGGGAGAGAGGAGAAACAGCGUGUGCGGGCUCAGAUCACGACGGAGCCGCUCCUAACCGGGGGAUGUUAUCUGUACUGUCUUAUGGCAGACUGGUAGCCAGGGCUGUCCUGGGCGGACUCUCUCAGACGGACAGUCGGGACUACAGCCUGAUUACCGCCAGUUAUGGCUUUGGUAAAGACUUUCGUAAGGGGAUCCUGAAGAAAGGGAUGUGCUAUGGGGAUGACGCCUGCUUCAUAGCGCGACACAGGACCGCCGAUGUGCUAGGUGUAGCAGAUGGCGUAGGUGGUUGGCGCGAUUAUGGUGUUGACCCAUCUCAGUUCUCUGCCACCUUAAUGAGAACCUGUGAGCGACUGGUGAAAGAGGGACGCUUCACUCCCAGUUAUCCAGUGGGCAUCCUGACCUCUGGCUACUACGAGCUCCUACAGAACAAAGUUCCCCUGCUAGGGAGCAGCACAGCCUGCAUCGUGGUUCUGGAUCGGCGGAGUCACCGGCUACACACGUGUAACCUUGGUGACUCGGGCUUCCUGGUGGUUCGGGGAGGGGAGGUGGUUCAUCGCUCGGAUGAGCAGCAGCAUUAUUUUAACACGCCCUUCCAGCUGUCCAUCGCUCCUCCAGGCGCCGAAGGGGUGGUGCUCAGUGACAGUCCCGAAGCAGCUGACAGCUCCUCCUUCGACGUGCAACUUGGUGACAUCAUUCUGACGGCGACCGACGGCCUCUUUGACAACAUGCCAGACUACAUGAUUCUCCAGGAGCUCAAGAAACUCAAGACUACAAACUACGACAGCAUCCUGCAGACUGCACAAAGCAUUGCAAAACAAGCUCACGACCUUGCCUACGACCCCAACUAUAUGUCUCCUUUUGCACAGUUUGCCUGUGACAAUGGCCUGAAUGUAAGAGGAGGGAAGCCAGAUGAUAUCACGGUGCUGCUGUCCAUUGUGGCUGAAUAUACAGACUAAAAGUGUGUGGGUGUGUGUGCGUGUGUUUCUCUGGGACUGAUCCUUCCUUCCCAUCUGCCCGAGUCUUCCACCUGCAGCCCUCCCAAAAACGCACACAGCACGCACUCCUUGCUGCAGGGGCCGACCUCCACCCGUGUGACAUUUUGUUUUCUUCCUCUGUUUAGUUUUGGUGCUUGUGUGGAUGAGGGGUAGCAGGCAGCUAGGACAUUUUCAUGUUGAUCAUGAUGCAGGAGGAGCCGAGCACAGUGGGUCAAGGGAUGCCUUUCAGGCUCUCAUGUCUCCUUGUGUGGCAUCAACACUUUUUAGGUGUUGUGACAGAGACAGUCUACAACAGUAUGGGUUAACUAAGGGUUUUAAAAUUUGGUAGCCCUUGUGUAUAAAAAAAAUUAUAUGAGGAGUAAGCCAUGGUUUUGGAUUGUUAGAGUAGUGAUAGAAUUGACUAAUCUGUCUCUUGUUCCAGGUAUUAAUCUGUUCCAUGUUGUUAACGUCUUUGAUCAAAGUAUAUAGAUGGACUGAGGAAGCUGAUGCUGGGAGUGGAUGGGUGUUAUUCGAGAGUGAAGUUAAGACUUGGGUUUGGCAAUGUUCAACUGUGGAAAAGCUAACUAGUAGUUUGCCCAGAUAAAUCUGUAAAGAAAAACCAUAACACUUGUCAGAGCUCACACAUGAAGGUUAAUUAAUUUUUGUCAUUUGGCUGAGGGAUCUGAUGUGCACACAUCCAGAUAAGUUGUAAAUAUUUCUGCGUUUUCAGGGCUACGUUCUGGCCUUUCUCUUGUCUUUGCUUUGUUUGUUAAAGCAAAGAGAUAUUUGGUUACUGUUGUGGAGGAUGUACACAUGCAUUCAUAAAUAUAUUUUUAAUGUAUAGAUGUUAAUCUUGAAGUGAGCUUUAUCAAUCCCACACUUCCACUCGCUGAAAUGAACAAGAUUUUUUUUUUUUUUUGCUGAGAUCGAUUGCUGCAGUUGUGUGGUAGGAAGGAUGUGAAGUGUGUGUGUGUGUGUGUGUGUGUGUGUGUGUGUGUGUGUGUGUGUGUGUGUGUGUGUGUGGAGUAUAGAUGUGGGAGGUUGUUGUGUGGUGUAUUCAAUGUUAAUAUUUGUUAUCUCACAAAGCUAAAGCUAGCAUCUGGGAAUGCUUACAAUUGCAAUGAUAGGUCAGGCACAGAUUUAAAUUGUUUUUUUUUUUAACAUUAUUUAGUUUUAAAAGUAAGCGUUUGAAGUGUCUGCUGACAUAAGUAUGAGUGAUGAAUGACAAAAAGAUCCAGCUAUCUUAAAAAAGAAUCAGAUGAGUUGUGUGUGUGUGAGUGAGUGUCAGAUUUGUUUUUAUUUCUCAGUACCUUACUUCCCUUUACAUUUGUUUGCUGCUUCUCUUUUGUAAUUCAGAUGUCUGUAUAUGACUUGACAUGAUUGUAAUGAGUGUAAGUGUAAGUGUGUUUGUGUGCUGGAUUUCAUCCACUUACAUUAAUCAAAGACAUCGAUAAUACUGUUCUGUUCGUGAUAGUCUGUCCCUCCCUCUAACAGCUCACCCAAGUGGUCUGGACAGUGUCUUUACAGUUUAAAAGCAGGUGCACCAAAGACACAUUUUCUUUGUGUAUGUCAUUAUGCUUUGUUGUUACAAACAUCAUACAGCAAUACUGUAAAUUCCAUGUGCUCUGAGUCUAGUGUGAUGGCAAGAAGUGUGGAAGGAAAUGUUCAAAGAGACAUUAAAAUGUCUUUUCUAUGCCUAAAAUUAUUUCAGAACAAAGGUUGUAUAAUAGUCUUGGUUUUAAAUUAUAUGUGACAGGUUCUGUAACAGAAUAUUAGACAGGUUUACCAAACCAAAGAAGGAAAGCCAUAUAUCAAUACAUGACUGGUGGAGACCAAUAUUGUCACUGUGUUGUUCUUUUAACUGUCAGUUGUACCAUUGAUGCCAUAGCUGAAUCCUCUGGUCCUGCUUGUGUCUUUCAUUAGAAAGCAGGAUUCUACAAACAAUUCAUGUGUGAUGGCUCAGCAGUGCAACAACAAAUGACCACAUUUUACAUCAAAAUAAAUUUGACUGGUGUUUCUUCUUCAUA